CCACCCCCCCUACGCCUCGCCUAGUCUUGCCUCGCCUCUCGCAACCACAGCUUGUCUGCCGGCGGUGUCGCCGGGCAGCUCCUCCUCCUCUCCGCCCCGCGGGCUGGGGAGCGUCAGCGCUGCCAGCGUGGAAACUGCUUUCUGGUGCGGGAGGCGGAAGUAGCGCCAGGUCACCACCGACUCCGCCGACCGCUUCAGCCAUGGAAGCAUCCCUGGAGAAGGGCAAGUAUUAGAAGCAUGAAGCGUGGAAAUAAGGAUGAUCAAGCAAAACUGUAUCUUUCCAUUGGACCCGGAUAAUGGCAGACACAGAGUGGAGUAAGAAUUAAAGAUGAUAAGGAACGUGACCAACAGAAUAGCAGACCCUACAUUAGCUGAAAUGGGGAAGAACUUAAAGGAGGCAAUGAAAAUGCUGGAGGAUGGUCAGAGAAGAAUAGAAGAGGAAAAAGAAAAGAAGCUUCUAUCAGAGGAUAUUCCAGGGCCACUCCAGGGCAGCGGACAAGAUAUGGUGAGCAUCCUGCAGCUAGUUCAGAAUCUGAUGCAUGGAGAGGAAGAUGAGGAGCCCCAGAGUACCCGAAUCCAGAAUAUCGGAGAACAAGGUCACAUGGCUUUGUUGGGGCAUAGUCUGGGAGCUUAUAUUUCAACUUUGGACAAAGAGAGGCUGAGGAAGCUUACAACUAGGAUACUUUCAGAUACUACCUUAUGGCUCUGCAGAAUUUUCAGGUAUGAAAAUGGCUGUGCUUAUUUCCAUGAGGAAGAAAGAGAAGGACUUGCCAAGAUCUGUAGGCUUGCCAUUCAUUCUCGAUAUGAAGACUUCGUAGUAGAUGGAUUCAACGUGUUGUAUAACAAAAAACCUGUUAUAUAUCUUAGUGCUGCUGCUAGACCUGGCCUGGGCCAGUACCUUUGUAAUCAGCUUGGUUUGCCCUUUCCAUGUUUAUGUCGCGUCCCCUGUAACACUAUGUUUGGGUCCCAGCAUCAGAUGGAUGUUGCAUUCCUGGAGAAACUGAUUAAAGAUGACAUAGAACGAGGAAGACUGCCCUUACUGCUUGUUGCAAAUGCUGGAACUGCAGCAGUCGGGCAUACAGACAAGAUUGGACGAUUGAAAGAGCUCUGUGAACAGUAUGGCAUAUGGCUUCAUGUGGAGGGAGUGAAUCUGGCAACAUUGGCUCUAGGUUAUGUCUCUUCAUCAGUUCUGGCUGCAACUAAAUGUGACAGCAUGACAUUGACUCCUGGUCCAUGGCUGGGUUUGCCCGCUGUUCCUACGGUGACACUGUACAAACAUGAUGAUCCCGCCUUGACAUUAGUUGCUGGUCUUACAUCAAAUAAACCAGCAGACAAACUCCGUGCCCUGCCUCUGUGGUUGUCUUUACAAUACUUGGGACUCGAUGGGAUUGUGGAGAAGAUAAAGCAUGCCUGUCAACUUAGUCAGCGGUUGCAGGAAAGUUUGAAGAAAGUGAACCACAUCAAAAUUUUGGUGGAGGAUGAGCUCAGUUCACCAGUAGUAGUGUUCAGAUUUUUCCAGGAAUUACCAAACUCAGAUCCGGUGUUAAAAGGGGUCCCAGCACCCCACAUGGCGCCCUCCACCCUUGGCCGGGAGAGACAUUCCUGUGAUGCUCUGAAUCGCUGGCUGGGAGAGCAGUUGAAACAGCUGGUGCCUGCAGGUGGCCUCACCGUCAUGGAUCUGGAGGUCGAGGGCAUGUGUGUGCGGUUCAGCCCCUUGAUGACGGCAGCAGCGUUAGGAACACAGGGAGAGGAUGUGGAUCAGCUUGUAGCCUGCAUCCAAAGCAAACUGCCUGUCCUGACUUGUACGCUGCAGCUGCGAGAAGAAUUCAAGCAGGAAGUAGAGGGGACUGCAGGUCUCCUAUAUGUUGAUGACCCCAACUGGCCUGGAAUAGGGGUUGUCAGGUAUGAACAUGCAAAUGAUGAUAAGAGCAGUUUGAAAUCAGACCCAGAGGGAGAGAAAAUCCAUGCUGGACUCCUGAAAAAGUUGAAUGAAUUGGAAUCUGACCUUACAUUUAAAAUGGGUCCUGAGUACAAGAGUAUGAAGAGCUGCAUUUAUGUUGGCAUGGCAAGCGAUGACAUAGAUGUUUCUGAACUGGUGGAGACCAUUGCAGUCACAGCUCGGGAAAUUGAAGAAAAUUCAAGGCUUCUGGAAAACAUGACAGAAGUUGUCCGGAAAGGAAUUCAGGAAGCUCAGGAUCAGCUGCAGAAGGCCAAUGAGGAGCGACUUCUGGAAGAGGGAGUGUUGCGGCAGAUCCCUGUAGUAGGAUCCGUGCUGAACUGGUUUUCUCCAGUACAAGCUUCACAAAAGGGAAGAACAUUUAACUUAACAGCAGGCUCUCUCGAGUCCACAGAACACACCUAUGUCUACAAAGUACAAGGGACAGGAGUGACACCGCCUCCAACUCCCUCAGGCAGCCGCACCAAACAGAGACUUCCAGGUCAGAAGCCUUUUAAAAGGUCCCUGAGAAGUUCAGAUGCACUGAGUGAGACCAGCUCGGUCAGUCACAUUGAAGACUUGGAAAAGGUGGAAGACAUGUCCAGUGGGCCAGAGCAAAGCACCCUAGAGGCCCACAGCCCUGAGCAACCUCCAGGAGCUCCUGCCCCUCAAGCCAGCCAGACUGAAACCCUCCAGAACAGGACCCAGCGUCCAGAUGACCAUCCACAGGUGGAAGAGCCAGGGAGCUUAAGAUAAAAUUCAGUGUUGGGUUUGAGACUGGUACUGACUGUUGUUUCAGGGAAGAAGUUACACUGUAGCGUGAACUAUGCCACAUGUUCAUCCAAUUGAACUGGGAUUUUUGCACAAGUACAUGCCUGAAAGCCAAGCUUUCCAGGAGGGGAGUCAGUUAUUUCAUGUGUAUGCAGAACCACCAACUCUUGUUUCUGGCCUGCCCAAAUGCAGUACAACCAUUUUCCCCUUAAGUUACCAUAAACACACUUAAAACUUCGGGUGCUUGCCACUUGAAAUACAUGCUUUCUUCUUUCUGAACAUAAGCAUAUGUGGAGUAGAUUGCACGUAAUGGCUUUUUAUUAGGACUCUCCAGGUUCUAUAUUGUGCUGCUGCAGAGGCAAGACGACAGUGACCUUUGUUGUAUGGGUCUGUGGUGGUUGCGUUGCAGUAGACACCUGGAUUGGCUUGCUCCAAGAAAUGGGUUUCAGUGGGACCCAAAGAGCAUCCAGAGCCCUCUCCUGCCAUUGCCCGACUGCUGCUUUUCCUGGAGACUGAGUAUGGACCGUGUCCACUUGAGCCAUGGCAGGGCUUCUGUCUGGGGCUGUCCUUUGCCACAAAUCUUUUCUCCCCUUCUAUGCUCUUUGUAAACAAUUUUGAGGACUUGUCUAACUAGGAAUAACCGUUGAGUCUCUUCCUGACCAUAUGUAUGUGUGUGUUUGUCAAUAUUUAAAUAUGGUAAAGCUUUUAAAUCAGCACAAAGGUGCAGAUUAUGCUCAUUUGUGUCCUGAAGAGCCUGAUACUACUAGGUUGCACAGCACUACAUGGGUUGGAAUGCUAAAGUAAGUUUGCCCUUACGUGUCUCACUCCAGAGGUUUGUAGCUUCUCUUCCAUUCACAGCUCUCCCUGGGUCCCGCAGAAAUGAGAGGCAGAAAAGUCAUCCCUCCCCGGCUGAAAUAACUGGAAGUAAGUUCCCAAGUUCUUGCAGGUUUCUAUUUUGCAAAGAACUACAUCAUUUCCGUUGUCUUAAGAUUGGGCCCUUGUGCCUUUUUAAGCCAGCAGAGUUAAACAAUGGGAAAGCAGAGAGCGUUCGAUGGUGGGGAAUUCGCACUGGAUUUGUGGACUAGUGUGGGAAGCCUUAGUUAUACCACAUUAAGCCUAUAAUUACACUGAUUUGAUGUGAUUUCGACAUUCGGCACUUGUCAAAAUGUAGUUUUCCUUUAUUUUAUUUUUGGGUGCAGAUUAAACAGUCUUCCCUGGUUUUUUUGGUGCAAUGAAGUAUAGCAGAUAAGUGGGAGAGGGAUAAAUUAUCACCUUUAACAAGAUUUUUAAAUGUUUUUAUAUAUAUAUUUGGAAUUGUUAAAUCGGUUUUGCUGAAACAGAAUUUCACCCUUGAGAUACUAUUUGAAUGUUGGUUUCAAUAAAGGUUCUUGAAAUUGUUA